UUCCGCCGCGCGUUUAUCGCUCUGCGUGCGUCGGCAUCACAUAAAAUAUCGAGUCUUCAUAUUUCACCGGCAACAGACUUCGUGGACAAGACCAAGCCAAGUCUGAGUUUGCGGGACAAAGUGGAUCGCUCCAGAGAGUUGAUAAAACGCGCAAUGACCCUGUAUAGGCCCAAUGAGCGACUGCUAUGCUUCAAUGGGGGCAAGGACUGCACGGUGUUGUUAGAUAUGGUGGCCAAAGUAAAGCCUCCUUUAGGGACGCUGCGGGCUGUGUACAUUAAGCCCGCGGAUCCCUUUGAAGAGUUGGAACGGUUUAUCGAUAACUGUGCCCAGCGGUAUGGACUGAAGUUGCAUCGACUCGAAGUAAUGAGGCUGGCCUUUGAGCAGUUAGUGCGAGAGGAUCCCCAUGUGCAAACCGUGUUCCUCGGUUGCCGGCGCACUGAUCCCGGCUGCGGGAUGUUUCCCGAGAAGCUGCCCUGCGACAACGGCCGGCCGCCGCUCAUGCGUAUCUUCCCGCUGCUCGAGUGGACCUAUCACGAUAUCUGGAACUACUUGCGGGUUAACGUUCUGCCGUACUGAUGCCUUUACGAUCAUGGCUAUACAUCUCUGGGGGAUCGUUGCUCAACAGACUUAAAUUCCAGUCUGCUAACCUAUGACAAGAAGCAGGACAAGCUGGUCUAUCGGACCCCAGCAAGGAACGGGCCAGUAGGGAUACUGGGUGCGGUCAUGGUCAGGAGGCUGUUGGAGAGUCCAAGUAACAAGCAGCCCCUGGUCGUUGAGCUCAAGCCAAAAGUGUUUGCUUGCAUUGCUCUUGACAUGUUUAUUUAAAUUCAUUUUUUGCGUUCCACUCAAUGUAAGCCAACGUGGAGCAGCAAGUGUCAGCUAACUAGGUUCUUGGGCAAGACCCCAUUCGGCUG